AUGGUGAAAAAAGUAAGCGCAAACACAGUACGCGAUUGUUGGAGAAAUGGCGAAGAAAUUGCCCUCAUCGACGUCCGCGAAGAAGGACCAUAUGCCGAGUCUCACCCUCUCUUCGCCAUAAACGUGCCCGUGUCAGAGAUUGAGAUGAAGUUGCAUGGUUUGGUUCCCCGGUUAUCAGCCCCUAUUAUUGCGUAUGACGAUGGCGAGCUUUAUGUCUACCGGGCCGUCGCCCGGAUGAAAGCGCUGGGAUACUCCGAUGUUAGCAUCCUAGAGGGUGGACUCUCCGCAUAUAAAAGGGUCGGCGAAGUGUAUCGCGAUGUGAAUGUGCCGUCCAAGGCAUUCGGUGAACUUGUCGAAUCUAUCAAUCACACGCCUUCGUUACCUGCGCGCGAUGUCAAGGAUUUACUAGAGAGAGAUCGUGAUGUGGCUAUUUUGGACGCGCGACGAUUUGAAGAGUAUCAGACCAUGAGUAUUCCGCAGGGCAGAAGCUGCCCUGGAGGAGAACUAGUUUACCGAAUCUUUGAGGCCGUGCCGUCCCCAACGACUACUGUUAUCGUUAAUUGUGCCGGUCGCACACGGAGCAUUCUUGGCGCCCAGUCGUUGAUCAAUUCUGGGAUUCCAAAUCGGGUUGUUGCCCUCCGGAAUGGGACUAUUGGUUGGACUUUGGAGGGGUUGAAGCUGGAGACUGGAAAAACAACACGGAUCCCACAGCCUUCACCUGGCUCAUUGGAAAAAGCGCGCCAAUGUGCGGAUUACUGGGCUGCGCACCUUGAUGUCUCCAUCAUUGAUGAGAAUAUAUUCAAAAGCUUUCGUGGUCACGCAUUUUGGGAAAAGACAACCUACUUUUUGGACGUGAGAGACCCAGAAGAAUAUGCCCUUGGUCAUCUCGAAGGCUUCUCCAAUGCUCCCGGCGGUCAAUUGGUGCAGGCAGCUGAUGAAUGGAUCGGUGUUCGAGGAGCGCGUAUUGUUCUAUACGAUACUGACGGGGUGCGAGCGCGCAUGGCAGCUAGCUGGCUGCUACAAAUGGGAUGGGACGUUCACGUUCUUGAUGACCAAGUCACCAUCCCCAAGAAAAUUCAGAUACCCCUGAUCCCCUCCUGGACCCCAUCAAAGCCUGGCGCUAUUUCCAUCGAUGACCUUCGAAGUCUCCACGGGGCGACUGUGGUUGAUCUCGCCCGCAGUCCGGAAUACCGCAAAGGCCAUAUACCCGGUGCAUGGUUUGCUUCUGGAGCCGAGCUUGUUCGCGAUCUGAGCAGUAUCAAUACCGGUGGACUCAUCGUUUUAACCUCAUCUGAUGGUCUCGUUGCUGCCGCUAAUUUUGAGGCUACGGAAUUCCCCACGCCCCAAAAAGUCGUUUACCUGGCGGGAGGGACAAAGGGCUGGGUGGAAGCUGGUCAUCCCCUUGAGACUGAAUCACGAUGGCUGUCUGAGCCGAUUGAUGUUUAUAAGCGGCCAUACGAGGGGACAAGUAAUGCGCGAAAGGAUAUGCAGGGAUACCUUGACUGGGAAUAUGGGCUCGUGGGGCAACUUGCGAACGACGGUAUCUCCGGGUUUCGUGUUCAGAGAGAUAGGCGCGCAGGGUUGCCGUGA